AUGCAGAAAUACUGACUUGUGUUUUCUCUUGUUCUCUCUUUUGUGCCCAAGGUUUGAGCAUCCGAGGAGCCCAGGAGGAGGACCCUCCCGACCCUCAGCUAAUGAGACUAGACAAUAUGCUUCUGGCAGAAGGAGUCUCGGGUCCGGAGAAAGGUGGGGGAUCGGCGGCAGCAGCCGCAGCCGCAGCAGCCUCUGGAGGGUCUUCAGAUAACUCUAUUGAACACUCAGAUUACAGAGCCAAAUUGACCCAGAUCAGACAAAUCUAUCACACAGAGCUGGAGAAAUAUGAACAGGCAUGUAAUGAAUUUACCACACAUGUAAUGAACCUCCUCAGAGAACAGAGCCGGACACGUCCCAUUUCUCCCAAGGAGAUUGAAAGGAUGGUGGGCAUCAUUCAUCGAAAGUUCAGCUCCAUCCAGAUGCAGCUCAAACAAAGCACUUGUGAAGCAGUAAUGAUUUUAAGAUCRAGGUUCCUUGAUGCCAGACGGAAAAGGCGUAACUUCAGUAAACAAGCCACGGAAAUCUUGAACGAGUAUUUUUACUCCCACCUCAGUAAUCCCUACCCCAGUGAAGAAGCCAAAGAAGAGCUGGCAAAGAAAUGCAGCAUCACAGUAUCACAGGUGUCCAACUGGUUUGGCAAUAAGAGAAUCAGGUACAAGAAGAACAUCGGCAAGUUCCAGGAGGAAGCCAAUCUGUACGCGGCAAAGACGGCGGUGACCGCAGCGCACGCCGUGGCCGCGGCCGUCCAGAACAACCAGACCAACUCCCCCACCACACCAAACUCUGGUUCUUCUGGUUCUUUUAACCUCCCAAAUUCUGGGGACAUGUUCAUGAACAUGCAGAGUCUGAAUGGGGAUUCUUACCAGGGGUCCCAAGUCGGAGCCAAUGUGCAGUCACAGGUGGAUACCCUGCGUCAUGUUAUCAAUCAGACGGGAGGAUACAAUGAUGGCUUGGGAGGAAAUUCACUGUACAGUCCACAUAAUUUAAAUGCUAAUGGAGGCUGGCAGGACGCAACCACUCCAUCUUCUGUGACUUCCCCUACAGAAGGGCCGGGAAGUGUGCACUCGGAUACCUCUAACUAAUCUCCUAGCAACACUUUUUCCCUGAGCUGAGAUGCCUUGAUGCGCAUUCAGAGUUGCAGGAGAAAAAGGAAAGAGUUUUUUUGUAGCCAACCACCUACAGCUUUACUGUAAAACCUUGUCUUAUUAGAAAACUUGGUAAAUCUGUUUUUUAAAGGUAUCAUAAUCAUUUGUAUUUAUACUUAAAACACACAAUGUUAAAAAGCACUUUAUCCAAUUAGGCCAAGAUUUAGCAUUGUUUAUAGCCCUGUAACUAUUUUAUCAUAAUUUAUUAUCAGCAGUUUUAAUGAUGUUGGUCUAACAGUUGCCAAUUACUUGGCCUUAAGGGUAAAAGUACAGGACAAGCUUAACCUCAGUAGCAAGAGCAGACACAAAGAACCGCCUCGCCCAAAUUUAAUUGUGUGCAUAUUUCCAUGGAAAGUUGACAGGAAUCACAGACUUUGAUUGUGUUUCAUCUUUUCAUAUCUCUCACAGAGCUGGAAUAAAAAGAGCUGUUCGGUUAUUUCAGUUAACAAUGGUCGUGUUUAAGAAUCCUUAUUCGUCACGUUUUUUGUUGAGAUCUAUUGUCUUACAAAUUAGAUUGGAAAGCAGGAGCAUCUUUUCUGCCUAAAGCCCACGCGGAGCCCAAUUUCUCUGUCCCCUGGCAUGGACACAGGAUGUUUUUGGGAGAUGGGGACUCUUGCUGCUGGUUCUGUGCACGCCACGACCCAGGGUUUUACAGUACGAGCUGGGUGCUACCCACGCUGCCAAGGGCUGGUGCCUCUGCUUGGCAGCAAACCACAAACAAAGGAAAAGGCAAGGAAAAAGCACCGUGAUAUGGAGUGUUGUACAUAGUGUAGCAAAAGAGUAUUUAUACAUCUCACCAAUCAAACACAGCUUUAUUACCUCAUGCGAACUCAUACAAACCAAUAGACUUUCAACAUGUUCUGUAGCUUAGAGUGCUCACUUACUACCUCUGAACGAUACUCACGCUGUAGUUUGUCUCUUUCUUAUCUUUUUGCAUCUUGUAAUUAACUCUUUGUUUCCUCACGAAAUGUAAUGUACAUUGUAAUCUCCUACAAAUCAGGGUUGCCUUGGCAACUGSUAAAGAAGCGGAAUGGGAACAUGGGGUCUUAGGUUGGACACAAAACAGUGCAACUGUUGUAAAUACUGAGAAGCAUUUUGAAUGUUCUUCAUCUUGUUACUAAUACACGCAAAAACCAACAACUAAUUGUAAUGCAUACAGACUUCAGUAUUCAGUACUGUACAUCCCCCUGGRUUGCAGGGGCCCUUUCUCUCUCUCUUUUGUAUUGUAUGCGAUUCUGAAACUGAUUGAGUCAUGAAAAUAAUUUGUGGCAGUGAUUCUAAUGUAUUAAACCGUUUCGUGUUACUUUCUAACUGGAUUACACCCUGGAUUGAAAAGUCUUCCUCGUGGUAGUUAUAUGUAGUUUCAAACAUGAAUAAACUUUUUGCUUUCAUGAUCAAACGUUGAUGUAACUUCUUCCUGCUCAGUUSAAGUCAGCCCCAGGGGAUGUGUCGGUCUCCAGAAGAGCGAGCUGGCGUGGAGCAGGAGCUGAGCAUCUCUUUACACACCAGCAGAUCUUUGUGCCCUUUGCCAGAAGAGGAUUGGAAAUCCUGGGAGAGGAAUAUCAGGGGCAGAGGCUUCCACCUGCCAGCUCCUGCCUCCACUGCCACCCUGCUCUGCUUGGGAGCCACAAAUCAAGUGGAGGUAAAGGAAGGGGUCAGGCCUUUAGAUGAGUUUAAAAACCAUCAUCAUAUUCACUCUUAAUUACCAUUUUUUAUUUAACAUUAACUUUGGAGCUAUAGCCACAGCUAGCAAGUCUAAUGUGAUUAUAAAAAUAUUUUUCUUUAUUAAAAAAACUUUUUUGGAAGGACGUAUAUAUAUAAAUGCUAAUUUUAAGUCUUUUUAAUAAAGUAAAGGUCAAUAACAGGUAAUAGCCUAUUUACCAUAUCUCAAGGAAAUUGACUCACAGGAAAUCAAAUUAACGUUAAUCACUUGCAGCAAAUGGUCUUUGAUAAAUAUAACUACUCGUUCCUCGGGUUAGUGCAGCUAGACAGGAGGAGGCUGAGCGCUCACCAGAGCCCUGCUAGGCUGGAACUGCAGCUCAGGAGCUCUCAGGAGCUGCUGCUCCAUCACCUUCCCUGCCCUUUGGCUCUUCAAGCCUCUGGGUGGUGUUUUGGUGGCUGAACAAUUAUUUGCAUGAUUUAAUGACCUUGUGGUUCAGCUCUUCUYAACAAUUCUCGUAUCAGGAUUUUUUGUAAAAUACCUUUGUUAUCCCACCGUCCCCCCAGGCUGUGGUAACACUGCACCCCAUGCUCUCAUGCCCUGGUGACUGUUGCUGCUCUCGUUCAUGGAGCAGACUCACUUCAAUCAGGUUUGGAAUUGAGCAGUUCUUCUUCUACAGGUGGUGCAUUUAAAUAAACAAGUAAAUAACUAAACACGCAUUGCAAAGCCUUUGUUAUCCUUUAASGAGAGCUGGGGCAGGUGGGGACUGUGUGGACUGCCAAAGACUGCUGCAUGCAGAGGACAAGGCACCCAACAAUUUGCAUUUGCUAAUGGAGCUCCCCAGUCCACACACUCACUGUUYGUGCUCCAGCUCAGUGGAAAUGGUAUUUUAUAUAUGAAAUGUAAAGUGUGUCAGUGGAGGCGUAGCAGGCAGCGUAAUGAACACUCAGACGUCCCUCAUCUUGAUCACAUCUCUGCUGGCCACAGGCAAGGACCUGUCACACGCUGAGGAGGUUCACAGGAAGGCCAUCAACAACCUUUGGGCYGCCCUUGCGUGCCCCGCGCCCGCCGGGCAUCAUUAGCUGCUGCUUUACAGCAUUAAGGCUUUGAGUCCCUUUGAAUUACAAGUGCAAUUUGGCCUUUCCUUACGUUGGAGAACAGCCACGUGGUUCCAUGGCAAAUAAUAAACAUCUUAUCCUUGAGGCCUGAUCAGGCAUCAGGGAGGUUUACUGCCAGCACCAGCGCUGGGAUCAAGCUGCUGAUGCUCUGCUGUGUCUCAGCCGGGAGCUCCAGCCCGAAGCUCUGUCAGAGCMUCACACAGAACAGCGUUUUGCACCAGGGGAGGAGACCCCCAGCCCUCCCACGGCUCCAGUUCAGCACCAUCCUCAUCCCCUGCGCCCGAGUUUGAGCUUCUGGCACAUGUGAACCGUUCAACCAGAGCCCAGCAGCCGUGAGAGGUGCCAGCCCUGAGAGCCCGUGUGGAGCACAGCAGGAGCAAAGGGAGGAUUUGCUGCAGCUCCAGGAAUCGCCAKCUCCUGUGCCCGACACUGAGCUAAGGCAGCCGUCGCUGGGACAGGUUUGAGGGUGUUGGAGGAGAACCCCAAAGUGCUC